AUAUAACUACUGUUUAUGUAACUUUUAAAAUUUUCAACUGAAAAUACAGCAGUAGAUAUAUCUACUGUAUAGAUAUAUAUACACUUGACUUGACUUAACAUGCUUUCAUAUGAGGAUUAUAAACAUUCAAAUAUCAAUUUAUUAGGCUCUUGUGGAAAUUUUGGUAUACAUAAAGUUCUCAAUCUCCAAAAUUUUUAUUAUUUAUAAACAGCUUUUCCUAUGGUUUCAUUUUGUGAAUAUUGUCUGGUAAAGCCAUCAGAUGAGUUAAACAUCUACAACCGAGAAUUAACAACUAUGAUGACAUGAGAAUGCUAGUCGAGAAUCUACAGGAUGUCACAAGCACAGUUCUAAAAGGUGGAGGAGACAAAAGUAUAUCAAAACAUAAAAGUAGGGGAAAACUGCUUGCCAGAGAAAGAAUCGACGUCUUAUUAGAUCCUGGUUCCCCUUUCGUUGAACUUUCUCAGCUUGCUGGACUCGAUUUAUACAAUGAUCCAGUACCAGCUGGCGGAAUAGUCACCGGAAUUGGCAGAAUUAUGGGACAACAGUGCAUGGUAUUUGCAAACGAUGCAACGGUGAAAGGUGGGACUUACUUCCCGAUUACUGUUAAAAAGCAUCUACGAGCUCAGGAAAUCGCGCUACAAAAUAAACUACCAUGUGUCUAUUUGGUCGAUUCAGGGGGCGCAUUUCUUCCAUUGCAGAGCGAUAUUUUUCCAGAUAGAGAUCAUUUUGGCAGAAUAUUUUACAAUCAAGCGGUGAUGUCAGCUGAAGGAAUACCUCAGAUUGCAGUAGUAAUGGGAAGCUGCACUGCUGGAGGAGCAUAUGUGCCUGCCAUGUCUGAUGAAUCAAUCAUUGUCAAACAACAGGGUACAAUUUUUCUUGCUGGUCCACCUCUUGUCAAGGCUUCCACUGGAGAGGUCGUGAAUGCUGAAGACCUUGGAGGAGCAGAUGUUCAUUGCAAGAUUUCUGGAGUUACUGAUCAUUAUGCAUUGAAUGAUCAUCAUGCACUAGCUAUGGCACGCGAUAUUGUUUCUAAAGUAAAUAAUAACUGUGAGCCAUUCACAACUAAGUCACAGAAACCUGAACCUCCAUUGUAUGAUAUUGAUGAAUUGUAUGGUGUAGUUGGUACAAAUCUGAAAACAAGCUUCGAUGUGAAACAGGUCAUAGCAAGAAUCGUGGAUGGAUCUCGCUUUUCAGAGUUCAAAGAAAAAUACGGUGAAAGCUUAGUUACCGGAUUUUCUCGGUUACAUGGUGAUUUGAUUGGUAUUAUUGCAAACAAUGGAGUCCUCUUCCCUGAAUCAGCAUUGAAGGGAGCCCAUUUUAUCGAAAUAUGUGCUAAAAGAAAAAUACCUCUACUCUUUCUGCAAAACAUAACAGGAUUCAUGAUUGGAAGAGAAGCUGAAGCCGGUGGAAUUGCAAAACAUGGUGCAAAAAUGGUGACUGCUGUUUCUAAUGCAAAAGUUCCAAAACUGACAGUGAUAAUAGGAGGAUCGUAUGGUGCUGGAAACUUUGGAAUGUGUGGCAGAGCCUAUAGUCCAAACUUCAUGUUCAUGUGGCCCAAUGCAAGAAUAUCAGUGAUGGGAGGGGCUCAGGCAGCUGGUGUUUUGACUCAAGUUAUUAAGGACCAAAAAGCAAGUCUCAAGCAAGAGUGGCCUGCCGAAGAAGAAACUAAAUUGAGAACUAAAAUUGAAGGUCAAUUUGAAGCUCAAAGUAAACCAUACUAUGCUACAGCAAGAUUAUGGGAUGAUGGAGUUAUUGAUCCAGUUGAUACUAGAGAGCUACUGAGUCUCUGCUUAACUGCAGCAAUGCAGAAUAAUCCUAUUCCAGAAACUAAGUUCGGAGUUUUUCGUAUGUAGGCUAGUUUUUAUGUCAGUUUCUAUUUUGUGGCUUAGAUCUGAAUAAACAUUCUUUUCAGUUUAAAUUAA